UGGAAAACUCGCCGGGAAUUUCCCGGCGCCCGAAAUAUCAAUUUGUUCUGGUGGCCCCGGGGCUGUGAAAUCGCCUCUCCCCGAGCACCCAAACCGGGCUGGGACGGUUAUGGCACGGUCAGGGGGGAAUUUUCCUGCUGUUUUCUUGCUCCUGCUGGUUGCUGUUCCCAAUUCCUGGGGGUUGGAAUGCAGGGAACACCAGUAUCCGUACCGGGAUAAAUGCUGCAGCGACUGUGCCCCGGGGGAGAGGAUGAGGAACCGCUGCACGGCCACGGCAGACACGGAGUGUAUCCCCUGCCAGGAUGAAUAUUUCAGCAGUGAGCACCACCACAGCUUCUGCAACAGCUGCACAGUCUGCAACACCAGGAGUGGGAGCGUGGAGGUGAAGAAGUGUGAGAAGACCUCGGACAGGGUGUGCAUGUGCCAGGCAGGGUUCAUGCCAGCUGGGCUGCCCCUGGGAAGUGUGUGUUCACCAUGUCCUGAGGGGACUUUCUCCCCAGGAAGGAACGAGAAGUGUCAGCCUUGGACCAACUGCAGCAGCCUUGGGCAGAGCACCCUGAGAGCAGGGACAGAGUUCCAGGAUGCUGUUUGCAGCAGCCCUGUCCCCCUGCCAGAGGUCCCUGGGACUCCAACCCCUGCCUGGAGUGUCCUGAGCACUUCCCACAGGGAUAACAGGGAGAACAACAGCUCCACUGCUGGGAUCUCCUCCCCACCCAGACCUGGGGAAGGUCCUUCCAUCUGCCCAGAUCCCACUGAUCCCACUGAGACCAACUGGGGCUCUCUCUCCCUCCUCCUGCUGUGUCUGAUCCUGCUCAUGGUGAGUGGAAUGUCCAUCCUGCUGCUCAUCAUCCAGGCAGCCAGAAAAGAGACCAAGGGGAGGCCUCGUGGAAGCAACAACCAGAAGGACGGGAGCUGUCGAAUUCCUAUCCAGGAGGAACAGACAGCAAGUUCGAAAAUCUGGGAGGAACCUGAAGCGUUGUCGUGGGCAGCUUUUGAUGUGUUUGAAAUGCCUCAGUUCAAGAGGCAGCAAACUUGAGAGUGACAGAAUUCAGAAGUGGUUUCCACUUCAAAUGUAUCUCCCCUGUAGAUAACCCCUCAGAAAUGACACUUUGGAUCCACAGCACUGAAGCAUAUGAGAAAAUAUGCAGCUAAAAAUGUAUUCAAGAAUACAAAUAUUUUUAAACAUAAGUUUCCUAUAUGUUAUACAUAUGGGGGACUUUUCCUGUUUUCCAGGUGCAUAUACAAUGUAUAGAAACAUUUGUGUUGUAUGGAAACAUUUGUAUUGUAUACAAGGGGCUGAGAGGGACUUCUGCAAAUAAAGGUGUGGUCGCAGCUC